AUGUUGUCCCGGACGGUGCAGAUGCCAGGUGCCCGUCGAGGCUUCCACUCCAUCAUGAACUCACUGGUUCCCAUGGUGCUAGAGCAGUCGCCACGGGGCGAGCGCGUGUUCGACAUUUACUCUCGGCUCCUCAAGGAGCGCAUAGUGUUCGUGCAUGGGCCCGUAAACGAUGACAUGGCGUCGCUCGUGACAGCGCAGCUGCUGUUCCUCGAGUCGGAGAACCCCGAAAAGGAUGUUCAUAUGUACAUUAACAGCCCUGGAGGUAUCGUGAGCUCCGGUCUGGCCAUCUACGACACAAUGCAGUACAUCCAACCCAAGGUCAACACUCUUUGCAUGGGUCAGGCCGCAUCCAUGGGCUCGUUACUGCUGGCAGGAGGUGCCUCGGGUUGUAGAUCGGCGCUGCCUAACGCUCGUAUCAUGAUUCACCAGCCUUCGGGAGGGGCACAGGGCAUGGCGAGUGACAUCGCUAUUCAGGCCGAGGAAAUCAUCAAGCUGCGAACCAGAUUGAACGGGUUGUAUGCCUCCCACACGGGGAAACCCCUCAAGGUGAUUGAGCAGGCGAUGGAUCGCGAUCUGUUCAUGGACCCGCGGGAGGCCCAGGAAUUUGGUAUUGUCGACUCCAUUAUUGCCAACCGGAAGACUCCACAGUCGCCAGGCAAGCAGUAA